AACGGGGUACAUGGUCACACGGAAGCAGUACAUUAGUUGCAACUGGAAGGAUGACGCGAUGGCGCAUGAGCUCGAGCAGUUGCUAUCGAAUGGAGCGGCGGAGCUAGAGAUUCCGUCGUGGAGCGUGAUUGAGGACGAUUCGUCGAACGCGUCUAGUCCAAGCUCGGACGAUUUGCCGUUGGCCGAGGAGGUGCGUUCGCGGGAAAACAUCUCAGAUGAGGCGUACCUGAAGCGCCACACGAAGCUGGAGCUUGACGAGCGAAGGCGCAAAAAGUGGGACGUACAGCGGAUACGGGAGCAGAAGAACAUCGAGCGGUUGAAGAAGCGCCAGCUGAAGGAACCAUCGACGGAGCAGGAAGCCCCGAAGCCGAUCAGUACGUUCUAUCCAACGGUUGAUACGCUCAAGCAAAUCAUCAUCACGGACGAUGUGCCGGUGCAGGCAUUCGGUGAGCUUAUCCCGCUGCUCCCUACGUCAGGUUUUUCGCUUCCCUGGCAUCAGAACAAGUACGAAUCGACGGCAUCCUCCGCCUGUAGCACCUCGUUAACUAUGUCGGCGUGCUUCGCUAAUCCACCGGCGCCCAGCCUUCUGCUUGGUGCUUCUAGUGACCGUGGAGAGCAUCACCAUCACCAUCACCACCUUCAUGCGCAUUCACAGCAGCAGCAGCAGCAGCAGGGCCUGCUUAGCAUACAGCAGCAGGGUAGUAGCGGAGAGUACGAAUCGAAAACCAAAUUCCUGCACCGGCUAGCACCGAGUCUGCAGCAGUCCGCACAGAAGCAACGCUUUACGAAGCGCAUCAAGAAGGAGCUUUAGAGGAUCCAUCUGCGUUUCCCUUCGCCCCCAGAUCUCCCACAUCACAUAGGCUGCGGAUGCUGGCGAAGGAGAGCAUGAGCACCGAAUCUUCGUUUCAAACAAAUAGCCCCCGGUCUGAUUUCCGUUCCAUUGGGUUCGCAUUUUAUACGCGUCGUAUUAUAUUUCGUUAAUGUUGUCAAGUGUAUCGUUUUUAGUGUUUAUUCUAGUAGUGAUCGGGGAUGACCGCGCGCGCAGCUACUAUGCACGUAUUCUUACACAACGCACCUUUCGCGCUCUGUUUGGUUCUUGUUUACCAGUGGCCACUGGCCGCUGCUUCGCUUAAGAUAAGCGAACAGCUGAUUAGCGUAUUCGGUUCUUAUCGUGAUUGACACGCUGUUGGGAAACUUUGUGCGUAAAAUUUGGCAAAGCAAGCUGUGGUAAAACCGGAACGGGAUGAAGCAGGGCAAAAAAUACACACAUACGCAAAUACAAACACACAAACACACUUACACACACAUACACCUCAGAAUACAAAACAAAUAUUUGUAGGAAAGAGCAAACAAUAUUUCAGCGUUAAGUGGAAUAAAACAUAGUUUUAAAGUGAAAUAAUGAAAAAGUUA